AGUUGUGUUGUAGUGCCACUUUAACAUGAUGGAUGCAUACAUGCUAGAAGACCAAGUCCAAGCACAGGUCGGUCGAUUGCUUGAUUUCUUCUAGUGGAGCCGGCGAUGACUUCUAUGAAAGAGAAAGUCCAUCCACGGUGUACAAAAACGUAACCCAAAAACCAAGUUGUGGAGUCACCAAUCAUCGACAUGGUGGACUUGGCCUGAAGAUAAAAGGAACUGACAUUAGAAUAGAUACCCUAUUCUUCUCUUGUUUGCUUUCAUUCAGAGUCAAUAUGGUUGGAGCAAUGAAUCAACUGACAUGGUGGCUAAUCCUUUGUUUCUUGAUCCUGCUCCUCUCCAGCAUCGUUUCUCCUACUACUUCAGUUUCCUACUCCGAUCACUGCGCUUCAAUCGUGCCAGAAUCAACCCCAACCGAUCCUGAUAACACCUUCUACUCGCAUCUCCAAACGUUGGCAACUCACUACCAUGGCGGCGACAGAAUUCUUGGCGAGAACUCAUCCUAUUCCGGCUUCAAAUAUGCCUCAUUUCGGCCAACCCAAAACAUCUAUAAGACCAAAGCCAAUGGCGUUUACUUGCUUCACGCCAACUUGCUCUUUCGAUCAUCGAAUCUGGUUUAUGUUCCUAGAAGGAAUUCGACGAGUGCGCGCCAAUCUUAUGAUUCCAGCAAUUCUGCAUGGCAUAAUCCGCUGAGGUUCAUCUUAAGAGGGUUCUGGUCCGAGAAGACUGGGAAACUCUGCAUGGUCGGCUCGGCUUCUUGGUAUUCGACUGAAGGUAAACUUGUCAAUCUUGAAGCAGUUCUUAAGCUUAGCAAUCCACUGAAUUUGACUCUUGAUACUAGUUUGGUUACUGGAAGAUUGGAGAGCUUGAGUCCUACUAACGAUCCCAGUUACUUUGAGCCAAUUUCUCUACUCGCAGUUUCUUCAUCCAAAAAUUACAGCUACAGGUUAGUCAUGGAGGAAAUUGGCAGGGGCUUUCCUGGUGGGAUUGAUGUCCCAAAAACCCAAUCACUUGGCUGGCAACCAGGGCGGACCUGUUCAAGCCUAUGGCGGCUAAAUCUUGACUUGAACUAUGCGAAUGAGUCGUCUUCUCGGAACUGUACACCUCUUGGUCAGGAUAUUGACUAUUUGCCUCAAAUAAUGUACUUGAGAAGCAUUCAGUGUUCCGAGGAUGAACACAAGGCUCGGUUCUUGGUAGGAUUUGGAAAGGAUGGCUAUGCUGGGUAUUACCGAUCUCCUUUUGAUCCCAACACAACGCUCGUGGCAGAAGCAUCAUGGGACGAAAACAAGAACCAGAUGCGUGUUGUGGGUUGCCGAAUCUUGUACUCAAGUGAUGCUCUGGGAAACGCUCGUGUUGGUGACUGUUCAACCAGAUUGAGCUUCGGGUUUCGUGCCUUCCAGACUAUCAGAAUCAGGAGCACACUUGUUGGCCAAAUUUGGACCAACAAGGCUGCUAACGAGUCGGGGUACUUCAAGAGGAUCGAGUUUGGAAGUUCUGUUGAUAGGAUGGUGAGGGCUUCGAGGUUGAGAUACGAGUACACGGAAAUUGAGAGAGCCCGGAAGUCAUGCCCGACGAAGAAGCCUGCCAAGAGAAAGGGGCGGAGAUAUCCAAAGGGGGAUUCUUAUGAUAUGAAGUUUGACAUGUCGGUAAUGGAAUCCACUAGGAAAGUUGUUGCCUGGGGGAAUGCAGUUCCUGUCUCUGUGGGUAAUAAGAGUUAUGAGGCAUAUGGCAGCUGGUACUACUCGAGAUCAACAAAUGUAAUUCCUGAAGCUGGGGAGAAGAAAAGUGCUAGAGGUCCAGUAAACAUCAGCUACACAAUAAGCAUCCAAGCGUAUGCAUCAAGUUAUAGGAUUUAUUCAACUAAUUCAUCAAUAUCAGGUUACGAGGCUCCUUCUACUAAUUCAUCAUUCAUACCCCGAUAUGGCGUCAGGCAAAUUUCGGCUGAAGGGGUGUACAACGAUGAAACAGGACAGCUUUGUAUGGUUGGUUGCAGACAGCUUGGUCCAGACCUUAGGAAACUAACCAAUGUUUCCAUGGACUGUGACAUUCUUCUCAACUUCCAGUUCGCGCCACUAAAUGCCAAGAGUGGGAAUACUAUUAAGGGAAGCAUUGAGAGCACGCGGGAGAAGAAUGACUCUCUGUUCUUUGAGAAAUUGACCUUGUCUUCAAACGCUUACUAUACCUCAACAGCCAAGCAGGCAGUUACCCGUAUUGAUCUAGAGAUUGUCUUGGCUUUGAUCUCCAACACACUGAAAUGUGUCUUUGUGGGAUUACAACUCUGGUAUGUGAAGAAGAAUCCUAAUGUGCUUCCCUCCAUGUCCCUUAUCAUGCUUGUGAUCCUCACCUUGGGGCAAAUGAUCCCUCUGGUUCUCAACUUUGAAGCUCUCUUUAUUGGGAACAGAAAUCGGCAGAAUGCUCUGCUCUGGAGCGGUGGAGGGCUUGAAGUGAACGAGGUGAUCAUAAGAGUGGUCACAAUGGUAGCUUUCUUGCUGCAGUUCCGGCUUCUCCAACUGUCAUGGUUUGCGCGUUUGGGAGAGGGAAACCAAAAGGGCUCGUGGGUGGCCGAGAAGAAGGUUUUGUUUGUUUCUCUACCAUUCUACAUUGCCGGGGUACUCAUCGCCUUGAUGAUGAAGUCGGGUAAGAACAACGUUGGCUAUGGCCAGGUAGUGGCUGUAUCGUAUCAGUAUCCUCCCUCUUCUUCUGCUUCUAAUUACCAGGGCUCUGUGGCUCAUGUCUGGGGGGCCUUAAUCUCUUAUGCUGGUCUGGUCCUCGACGCAUUCCUUCUCCCUCAAAUCCUACUCAACAUAAUCCAAAUUUCAGAGGCAAAAGUCCUCUCUCACUCAUUCUACAUCGGAACCACCCUGAUUCGCCUGCUGCCACAUGCAUAUGAUCUCUUCAGGGGCCACUUCGGAGGGUUCUACUUCUACGCAGAUCCUAGUGCAGACUUCUACUCCACCACUUGGGAUGUCAUUAUCUCCUGUGGAGGAGCUCUGUCUGCAGCCAUCAUCUACUUGCAGCAGCGGUUCGGCAGCCGCUGUUUCCUUCCCCGGCGAUUUAGAGCGGCUCAAAUGUAUGAGAAGGUGCCGGUUGUAGCAAGCAAUGAGUGAGUGUGAGUGUGAGUGUGAGAUUGAGAUGCUCCAACAGAGGAGAAAUAAAGCUGCUGCUUAGUGUCGUGCUCUUUUAAGUAUUGUGGUCCCAUAUGUAAGCCCUCUUCUAAGCUCUCUUAUCUCCUGAACAAGAAGAAAAUUAAGUCUCUCUCUUUUUGCUGUCCUUCCCAUAUUUUCUCUUCUCUGUUGGGAAAGGGGUUUCCUAGGUCAAGGUGAGUCACUAAAUAUGCUAAACAUCUAGAUAAUAUGUGAUUCCGUAUCUAAAUAAUACACGUGUUUCUUGUAACAAAUUGUCACUUGUCAAUGUAACACCCUCCCCU